GUGCUGUAUUCAUUUGAAUGGUAAACCCGUGAAAGGCUAACACAGGAGGGAGUUGCGCUGUUCAACCAGUUAUUCACGUUUUGGAUUUACAGCCCCUUCAGCGGCCGUAUUACUUGACAAAAUGAACCGUGUCCCUUAUGGCAGCUGGUAAGCAUGUUUGGAAACGGGAAGUGUUUAAGGUCAACCACAAUAAAUCCAAUGGCUUUCAGCGAUCCUGUAUGCAUGUUUCUACUGAACAGACCAUGAAGCAGGUGGAUAAAAUUAAUAAGGAAGAAUUAGAUAAGGACAGAUUUCACGUGCAGUACAAAGUGCAGAGUUCAGGGAAAGUGAAGCGGCCGUCGUCUUGCAAGAGGAAGAGCUGUUCGUCGGUGGAGGUGGGCAUCAAGCUGCACCGCAAAUCGUCAAAUGUAGGCCAUCCCCAUGACCCCGGCAUGGCCAACAAAGAAAAUGAGCUGACGUGCUCUGAUGAUGUGCGGGGCAUUCGCUAUGACAAAUACGGGCUGCCCGUGAACUCUGCAGAGGCUUCCAAGAUGGCAGGAGCCAGCUCCAAGUACAGUGACUUUACUGAGUUGUCAAAGGAACAUGAAGCUAUGACUCGCAUCCUUUUUGGAAGAGAUCUUCGGCUUAAAGUCGCCCUAACGUUAUGGCAAAGAAAUGCCAGUGAAUUAGUGUCCUACUUAAUAAGAAUACAAGACACAGGUGUGCUGCUUGACUGCUUACCUGUCUUAACUAACAACCUUCAAACUGAAACGCCAUGUUUGUCACUUGGCUGCUGUGUUGACCUCCUUCCCCACAUUAAAGGCGUUCUUUCCAGUGCAUAUGAACAGCACAUAAUGGUGGGUUUACACUGGGUUCAAUCUGUCAUCAGGAAGUGGUGGCCAGAACUGUCUAAAAGUGAGAAGAGACUGCGGGGCAGUUGUUCAGAAGACAGGAAUGUUGACUUCAUGAGGCAGCGACUGAAGGACUUGUGGAAAGAUGGAGUUCGAUUAUGUUUGGUUCCAGGCUCUGUUGGAGAACUGGCAAAGGCCAUUGAGGCUUAUCUGUUGCAGCUGCCCUGACAGUUAUGUAGCGCUCCAAGGAUGUGACCACUA